GCGAGCACAGUGUCAAAGGAAAGACGGGUGUGAUUGUUUCCGCAGUAACAGCAGGAAGAAAACAAACAUGGAUGGGGUGCUGGACCCUUUCUCUGGACUCGACUCUUUCUCCUCCCCUCCUUAUUUCGACGAUGACGAGUUUUUCACCGACCAGUCCUCUCGAGAUGGACACUUGGAGACGGAUGACUUUCUGGAUGACGAAGUGGACUUCCUCUCGGGUAAUUUUCAAGACUAUUACAGCAAAGACGGCAGCGGCAGAGCACCGCCUCACGAUGGAGACUACGACAUCGGCAACCUGUCCUUCUCCUCUUCGUCCUCCGUCUUCUCCUACGGCUGCGCAGACAGCACGCCCGAGCUGUCUCCUCGGAUGGGCCAUCACGGCGGGCCGUUGCUGAAGCGCAGGAGGCGGAUGAGGUCUGAGAUGGAGAUGCAGCAGCUGAGGCAGGCGGCCAACGUCAGGGAGCGGCGGAGGAUGCAGUCCAUCAAUGACGCGUUCGAGGGCCUACGCUCCCACAUCCCCACUCUGCCCUACGAGAAGAGACUCUCUAAAGUGGACACUCUGCGGCUGGCCAUCGGCUACAUCAACUUCCUGGCUGAGCUCGUGCAGUCUGACCUUCCUAUUAGAAACUCCAGCAGCGACAUGCACGCGCAGCCCAAGAAAGUAAUCAUCUGCCACAGAGGAACAAGGUCCCCCUCGCCAAGCGACCCUGACUACGGCCUGCCUCCGCUGGCCGGUCACUCGCUGUCUUGGUCGGAUGAAAAGCAGCUCCGGGAGCAGAACAUCAUCCGUACAGCAAAAGUCUGGACACCGGAGGACCCCCGAAAACUGCACAGUAAACCGGGCCUCACAGACAUCGAAAACGAGCCUCCCUUCAACCUGGUGGCCUGAACAGCAGCACAAGCCUUGCG